AUGUUUGUGCACCCUCUUAGGAAAUAUCCUGGUCCCACAACAAGAGCAGCCUUCCAACUGCCAAAUGCCCUCUCCAUACUGAGAGGUACCGCAUACAAGGACACCAGGGCUUUACACGAUCAAUACGGCCCUGUAGUCAGACUAGCUCCCAACACGCUGUCUUACAUCUCCUCUCAAGCAUGGAAAGACAUUUAUGGCUUCAAGCCUGAUCGCUCGGAGCUAGACAAGCAUCCAUCCUACUAUAAGAGAGAGACGCGGAAUCUUUUAGGGACUCAUUUAGUCGUUGACAAAGCUGACCAUACUCGUAUGCGCAAACUCAUUGCUCCUGCCUUUUCCGACACGGCUCUCCUUGAGCAAAGUCCCCUGUUGACGCAGUAUUUCGAUCUUCUGGUUGAACGAUUGAAACAACAAAUCGACGGACCUGCAAAGGGCCGGGUGAAUAUAGCUGCGUGGUUUAAUUUUACCACCUUCGAUAUUAUUGGUGAUUUGACGCUUGGUGAGCCAUUUGGAGCACUCGAACUGGGUGACUACACAGACUGGAUGCGUACCGUCUUUACCUCCAUCAAGCUUCUUGGGGUUUUCCGGUUUGCAGAAGCGUACACUGUGAUCGGACUGAGUUUCUUCAUUUUGCAGAAGCUCAUGCCUUCAAUUUCAGCCAAAAGAGCCGCUCAUUUAGCAUACACCAAGGAACGAAUUGAUGCCCGCAUCGCUCUACUAACAAUUACUCCUCAGGUCCUCCGACAUAACAAUGGCAAUCAUGGAAUUUCCUACCAAGAACUGCUCGGCACCUGUCGAGUCUUUCUCGUGGCCGGAUCUGAAACAACAGCCACAUUGCUCUCAGGAGCGAUAUUCUACCUGCUGCAAAACCCCGAGUCAAUGACUCGGUUGAGUUGUGAAGUAAGGGAAGAGUUUCCCAAUAAAGAUGAUAUAACAAUGCGCUCAGUCACCGUUUCAGGCAAACUUCCAUACAUGGACGCUGUGAUAAAAGAAUCGUUCCGUUGUUACCCGCCUGUUCCGUCCACUCUUCCGCGGAUAACUGGAUCUGAAGGGGCGAUUAUAGAUGGGAGAUAUGUUCCACCAGGGAUCUCUGUUGGCGUGCACCAGUGGUCUGCAUAUCACAGCAGCAGCAAUUUUGCAUCCCCAGACACAUUUGACCCAGAUCGAUGGUUGCCAGAAGCGCCCCAAAAAUACCAUGGGGAUGAUAAGGCAGUGCUGCAGCCAUUUACAAUCGGUCCUCGACAAUGUAUAGGCAAGGGAUUGGCGUAUUUAGAGAUUCGAUCUGUCCUAGCCCGUAUGAUGUGGCAUUUUGAGAUAGAACUGGACGAGGAGAGUCGAGGAUGGAUGGACGAUGCCAGGGAGUUUGCCCUUUGGGAUAAGCCGCCCUUGUGGGUUAGGUUGAAGCAUCGUGAUUGCUAA